UAACGAUGUUAUUGUAUGCCAGCUAAAAAGAUGUCAUCCCACUCAAAUACUCAUCAAAAUACAAAGUACAAAAGACAACACUGCUCAUUAUUCCCACCAGAAUUAGAGAUUCAAAUCAACUUCCGUAGUAAGAUCGAUAUGGAAAUGAUAUUGAUCUCUAUCUGCUUAUCAACCUUGGUAGCCUUUCUCUACCUAAAACCGUUUCUUAAGCGAAGAACCACCACCAACCUUAACCCACCACCGUCUCCUUGGCGGCUUCCAGUGUUAGGAAAUCUACAUCAGCUCAGUCUCCAUCCUCACCGCUCUCUCGGUUCCCUCAGCCUCCGCUAUGGGCCACUCAUGCUCCUUCAUUUCGGCCGUGUUCCCAUCCUUGUAGUCUCCUCCGCCGAUACAGCUCAUGACGUAAUGAAAACACACGAUUUAAAGGUCUCUAACCGCCCAAAAACAAAGGUGAUAGACAAACUUUUUAAUGGUGGGACAGAUGUUGCCUUUUCUCCUUAUGGAGAAUAUUGGAGGCAGAUGAAGAGUAUCUGCGUUUUGAAUCUCCUUACCAAAAAAACAAUUCGAUCCUUUGAGAAUAUAAGGGAAGAAGAGAUCAAUAUAAUGUUGGACAAGCUUGAGAAAGCGAGUUCUUCAUCUUCACGGGUAAACCUAAGCGAACUCCUCACCACUCUCACAAACGAUGUAAUAACUAGAAUUGUCUUGGGAAGAAAAUAUAGUAGUGAGGAAGGUGGAAACAAUUCCAAGAACAUAGUGAGGAGAUUCAUGGAGCUCUUAGGUGCUUUCCCUCUCGGGGAAUACGUUCCUAGUUUGGCAUGGAUAGAUAGGAUCCGAGGUCAGGAUAAGAAAGUGGAGGAAAUUCAUAACGAGAUUGAUGGUUUUCUGGAAAAGGUGGUGCAAGAACAUGUCGAUGCCGAUGAACCUAAGUCAGAUUUUGUUGAUAUAUUGCUAUCUACUCAAAGAGAUAAGACGACAACGUUCGAGCUUGACAGAAGUGGUUUAAAAAUUAUUGUCUUGGAUAUGUUGCUUGGAGGGUCGUCGACAACUUUUACAUUAGUAGAAUGGACAAUGACAGAGCUCAUGAGACAUCCGGAGUGUAUGAAAAAACUCCAAGAUGAGAUACGUUCUGUUUCGAUGGAUAAUUUAUAUGUAUCGGAGAAAGAAGUUGAGAAAAUGAACUAUUUAAAUAUGGUGAUCAAGGAGGUGCUUCGGUUACAUCCCCCCACCCCACUAAUUCCACGGAUGCUGACUGAAAAUGUCAAAUUAAAUGAAUAUGACAUAGCUGCAGGAACACAUGUGAUAAUCAAUUUAUGGGCAAUCCAACGAGACAGUGUAACUUGGGGACUGGAUGCAGAAGAAUUUAAGCCAGAGAGGCAUUUAGAUUCAAACUUGAAUUUUGAAGGACAAAACUUUAACUUCAUCCCAUUUGGAUCGGGGAGAAGGCUUUGUCCUGGAAGCAGAUUGGCACUGGCCAUGGCUGAGGUAACACUGGCCAACCUUGUGAACCGGUUCGAUUGGAGAGUCGAGGCUAAUCCACUAGGAGAUGAUCUACUUGAAGCAACUGGCCUAGAUGUUUGCCGCAAGUUCCCUCUUAUUGUCUUCCCAUCUUCAAACUCAACAUGAAUGGAUUUAGUGACUGUAAAAGUUUUAGACUUAUCACUCAUUUGCCCACUAAUUGUAUGCAUGCUUUUGCAAUGCUUGUCAUUGUCUGUUUCAUGCUUUUUUACAUCAUUUUUUUUUUUGUAUAAUUGCGUCAACACAAUUUUCUUACGACUUGUAUUUGUCAACGCGAUGCCACGGUCUAAAUCCCACAACAGAGGAUGCAUAUAGGC